ACUAAACGCCAACCCAGGACCCUGUCUGCCGAACAGCACAUAAACCAAUGUGUCAACUCACUAGUUAAGUUAUUCCGUGGCAAAAUAAGUGUUUUUAAAGCAAAAUAAGCUUAUUUACUUGGCUGCUAACUUGAGCAUUUAGCUCACUUUAUAGCGAGCAGUUCUGAGGUUUACUUAGGUUGAGCUAACGUUAGCUGCUUUACAUUAUGGACGUUUUACGACCAGCUCUUAUCAAUAUAAAUGGGAGAAUAUACCGGAGGAAUGUCACUAAGGACUCUAAGGAGGAACAUUAUGAGGAAGAAGAAGAAGAUGUGUCUUACGUGGGGCCUCCAGAGAGUGAAUACCUCGAAGAAGAUGAAGCCUGUGACACAAAGUUAAUUGAACAGACUGAUAAAGGAUACCGCUGUGCCAUUGAAGUCCCAAGUGUUCUUUACAAAUACAUCAUUGGAAAAAAAGGAGAGACACGGAGACGCCUGGAGUCUGACACAAAGACAUCUAUCAGCAUCCCAAAACAAGGAGUGGAGGGGGAGAUUGUUAUCACAGGUUCCCAUAAAGCUGCAGUCUCAUCUGCAGUCACACGUGUUGAGCUCCUUGUUGAGAGUUACCGGAAGAAGCAACCUUUCACACAUUUCCUGUCAUUCCCUUUGAGUAAUCCCAAAAUCCAAGAAGGAUUCCUGACCUUUAAAGACGAGGUGUUGAAGCAGUGCUCACAGGAUCAUGGAGUUGAGGGGAGCAUCUUUCAGAACCCUGCAAAGCUUCACAUGACAAUCGGCACCCUUGCUCUGUUAAAUGAGACAGAAGUGAGAAAAGCAUGUGAACACCUCCAACAGUGUCAACACUUUAUCCGGGACAUCACAGAAGGAAACCCUCUGGCGUUGGAGGUGACGGGCAUAGAGUACAUGAAUGAUGACCCGGGCAUGGUGGAUGUAUUGUAUGCCAAAGUCAACGCGAAAGACAAAUCUGACAAGUUGCAGCUGAUCGCGGACCGGCUGGUGGAGCACUUUGUCUCCGCAGGGUUGAUGGUGAGAGAGUGGGACAGAGUGAAGCUGCACGGCACCGUCAUUAACACUCUGUUCAGAAAGGACUCAGUCGAAGAAGCGGGCGGCCCAGGGAGACAAACCAUGAGUGAACGAGAGGCUUUUGAUGCCAGAAACAUAUUAAAGAAAUUUGGUGCUUAUCGUUUUGGAGAGUUUGGGUUGAAUACGGUGCUGCUGUCCCAGAGAUAUUCCUCAGACUGUACGGGCUACUACACCUCUGCAGGGAGCGCCAACUUCUCAUGAGCUUCAACACCAGGGGUCAUGGAUAAACACGGCAGCAGCAUGAAGCAACUCUCUGUCGGGAGCGAAGCAUUGUGGGAAACACCAGAUGAUGAACAUGAAUGGACUUACAACAGCGUGUCUUUGCAUCCUAGCUGAUUUUUUCAGUUGGAAAAUGAACAUUUGUUGGGGUUAUGUUUUCCUUCAUGCUGGAAGAGGUGCUCCAUUUGAACAUUCUGGCAGGAAUAAAUAAAUGUGCAAAGCAUC